UUGUGUGUCAGUUUCGCUGGGACCCGCGGUCGAUGCCGGCGAUGAGGGGGAUGGGCGCCUCGGCGAAUGUAAGGACCCGAGACAGAAUCAGAGCCCUGUAUCACAUACAGCAGCAUAUACCCCAUUAUAAAUAGCGACUUUAAAUAUAAAAAACACUAAUAUAAAUGGAUUUAAUCACCGGGGAUCUAUAAUAGACACUCAAUGGAUGCAGUACACCCGAACAGGACAGGGAAUUUAACUUUCCGUCUAUGCGUGGGAGACACUGAGAAGUUUGUUUUCUACCCCUGGAGAGGGAGCUACUUUUGAGGGCAAAGGAUACAGGAGACGCCGAGGUCGGACUACAGGCCUACUUGGAUUUGAUGUUGGGAUACUAUAAGGACUUCACACUGUACAUUAACUUACCUCGCUUGUACAAGUUUGGAAUGCCGCUUUAGGUCCCCCCAUGACCGUCAGCCGUGGGCUACGGCUCCGCGGCGCCCCACCUCUAGAGUGGUCUGCUGCUGUACUUGGGACCCUGUGAUUCCUCUUCUCACCUCUCCUCCUCCCCCUCCCCCAUCCCAUCCUGUCCCUCCCCGCCCCCACCCCCUCCUUCCCCCUCUUACCCCCUCCCUCGCGUCGCUGUGCUGGACGUCAUGAGCAUAGUAAUCGCGCUGGGAGUCACCACACCUGAAACGUCUUACUCAGAUAUGGCUGCUGGAUCAGACCCUGAGUCAGUUGAAGCAAGCCCUGCCGUGAAUGAGAAAAACUACAACAACCACAGCUGUGGGAGCGCACAGAGUCAUGGGUAUCGGGGACUACCAUAUGCUAUGCAACAGUCUUCCGUUGUGUGUUGUCAGGAUCACAACUAUGGCGCGCCCCCUCCCCCUACCCCACCCGCCUCCCCGCUCUCCCAAACCAUCAUUCCCCGCAUGGAUCUCAACGGCGUGGUACGCGGCUCACGCUACCACGACACUACUGAGGACAACUCAGCCGACAGCGACAGUUCCUCAGACGAGGACGGGGCUGUGGCCAGCUGGUGUCACUGCAGCCUGACGCCGGACGGCCUGCUCAUCAAAUGUGACAACUGCAGCGGUCUGGACAGGAGGAAAGGAGGAGAAGGCCAACACAGAAAAACAGAAAAUGUCUCAGCUGGAGAGAGCAGUGCCACUGAGAGUGGUGACGAGGAGGUAUCCCCCUCCACCAUCUCCUACACGGCCACCCAGCAUACGCCCACCAGCAUCAAACUGACUGUCAACAGGGUGAAGAGGAGCAAAUCCAAAAAGAGGAAGAAGAGCACGGAGAAGGCCCGUGGAACGCCAAAGGGCAAGAAAGUCAAGGCUUUCAGAGAGGGUUCAAGGAAGUCCAUGAGGAUGAAGAACUCGACAACCGAAGCCAGUGUUUUAGACGAGAACACGGCAGAGGGGUGGGAGACGAGGAUCCGCCAGUGGACGGACCAGUAUGAGGAGGCUCUGGCAAACCAGUACAGUGCCGAUGUCCAGACACUUCUCCAGCUUCAUCGUACUGCCAGCAACACCGUUUCAAAGACUGAGAGCGGUGCCACACCACCUCCCUCCAACACACAGAUCCACGCCUCGGUGGACACCAUGGACACCAUUAACCUCACGGAGCUGGCCUGUAAUAACACAGUGCUGGGCUCACAGAUGCAGCUCCAGUUGGGGCGGGUAACACGGGUGCAGAAACACCGGAAGAUCCUCCGAGCCGCCAAGACGCUGGAGCCAGACACGCUCAUCAUCGAAUAUCGGGGGAAAGUCAUGCUCAAGCAGCAGUUUGAAGUCAACGGGCACUUCUUCAAAAAACCCUACCCAUUUGUGCUGUUUUACUCAAAGUUUAAUGAUGUUGAGAUGUGUGUUGAUGCGAGGACGUUUGGAAACGAUGCUCGCUUCAUCAGGAGGUCGUGUACACCCAAUGCUGAGGUCCGGCAUAUGAUUGCUGAGGGCAUGAUCCAUCUAUGUAUCUAUGCUGUGAGUCAAAUUACAAAGGACGCCGAGGUCACCAUUGGAUUUGACUACGAGUUCAAUAGCUGUAAUUACAAAGUGGACUGUGCCUGCCACAAGGGCAACCAGAACUGCCCGGUGCAAAAGCACAACCUGAAGCCCAGGGAGAGCUUGCUGAGUCCGCCCUCCCUGCCGCCUCCCUCCUCUCUGGUCGGCGCUGAAACCCGGCGGAGAAAAGCCCGGAGGAGAGAGCUAGAAGGCAGCACGUCUGGGGACAGCAACCAGACCCCGGACCAGAUCCAGGAGGCCAAAGACAGCAUCGGGACCAGUGAUGCAGAGGAGAGACUGCUGGACGAGGUGAAGGGGGAAGAUGGAGAGGAAGGAGAGAUAGAUGAAAACGGGGUCGCAAUCUCCAAUAAAAAAACAUGUAACGCCCUGGAGAGACGGCGGAGGAGAGUGGGAGGAGCAGACGCAAAGGAGGAGGGUGUGGAAACUGAGGACGGGGCAGGAAACCCCGCAGGGAACACCGCCACACCCAGCAACGCUGGAGUAGGGAUCAGCACGCGACGCGCCACCUAUGUAAUGGACCCACCAUCCAAUGAAGAAAAGACUUCAUUAAACAACCUGACCGCCCCAGCUGCUCCCCCUAAACCUGCACGACCAACCAAGCCCCGGCCCAAAAGUCGCAUCUCUCGCUACCGCUCCAGCUCGUCCCAGCGUGCCCGGCGGCAGCGUCAAGCCCUCGCACAGCAGGCAGCUGCUGCGGCCGCCGCAAUGGCAGCCACACCGUCGUCGGGUGAUCAGGGUGCUGCUCUGGAUGAAGAGGGAUCUCAGGGCCCAUACGGUGCUGAACAAGAAAACAGUUUAGGUCAUCUCCUUGAUGGAGACGGUCAGGGUCUGAACUGUAUUAAUAGAGGCAAUUUGCGCUACCCCAAGACAAAGAAGUACCUGGUUACUGAAUGGUUGAAUGACAAGAUACCUGCAGGGGACAAGAUCCACCAAGAGGUGCCCGUUGAGCGCACGCUGCGGAUAACCACCGACCCCACAGUGCUGGCCACCACCCUCAACAUGCUGCCAGGCCUCUCCCACUCAUCGCUCAUCUGCACCACACCCAGACACUACGUUCGCUUCGGCUCCCCCUUCAACCCUGAGAGAAGCCGGCCGCGCCCGCUCCAAAUGGACGGCACUUAUGGCUGCUUUAAAAAGAGAUGGUUGAAACAGCUGGAGGAUGAGAGCUGCUCAGCGAGUGUGGAGGACGGCACAGAGUCAACCUCCUCCCAGCAAAGCACCAGUAGCAGAUCCACCCCCAACCCCCUCUCCACUGAGGUUAACGCACCUUUCAAGAAGCGCCGUUCCAAGUAUAUGUCAGAGAUGACACCAGCACCGCUGGACCACCUGCUUCGCCCGCUGUCACCCAUCACACCACCGCUCCCAGACGACUCCCUCCACCGGCUGCUCCAAACCCCCUGUGGCUCCCUGCUGCCAAACGGCCUGGUCUACUCACCCAUGCCCUCCCUGCCCGCCAGCCGCUGCAACACACCGCUGCAAUUUGAGAACAUAUCAUCCCCUGAGGCGUCUCCUGUCCAUCGACCAGAGUCCAUCUCUCCUGAGCCGUGUCUGCAGACGGACUUUGAUGUCCCUCGGCCCCAGUUCCCCGACCUGUCCCUCCCCUGCAGCCUGGAGAGUCCCGUGGCUGUGACCUUAGAUGACUUUCCCCUUCCCGGCGGCCCCUCAGGCCACGAUUCGUCUUCUCUAGGGGCCACUUCCCUAAACCCAGUGUCCUGCCCCUCAUCGGACCUCAACCCUCAAAACAGGGAGCAGGCCUUCAGGACAGAGUUCAACCUCAUAUACACCUGCUCGCCCCUCAACGCAAACCUGGGAAACCCUGUUGCCACAGACCGCCGCCUCUCACAGUCGGAGGGAGGCUUUUCCCCGGCGGAGUCCUUCCACAGCUCUAUAAGCGGCCAGGGGCUUAUGGGAGACGUGGGCCCUGGCUCCAUGUCACCCUACGGCGAGCCUCAUUAUGGGGGUGGCUACCCGGAUAGUGGCACGCCUCCUCACACCAGCAACCCGCCACAAAAGAAGAAGAGGGCCAACCAGCAUACCAUUAGUCUGCUGACAGGGAAGCCAGAUUACCAGGCUAUAGCUGUAAGAAGUGAAUACAAGCCAGUACAAAAUAUGGUGUCUUUGCUGGAGUACCGUAAGAGGAAGCAGGGCAGCGGGCGCGACCUGGAGCUGAUCGGAAACAGCUCGUCUAUGGGCGGCACCCCCACCCGGCCCAGCUCCCACUACAGCCAGGACUCCCAUCAUCCCCAUCCCCAUCCUCACCCUCAUCCCCAUCCUCAUCCUCAUCAACAUCCUCAUCAGCAGAUGCAGAUGCAGCCCCUGGCCUCCCCACAGAGCUCCUCCUUCAGCUCCACAGCACACACACCCUCCAUCCCACAGGUAGAGGAGGUCAGCCCUCCUGACCACCAGGGCUCGUCAGGGCAGCCCAGACGCCAGGACAACAACCAGUGGAUGGUUCCCACGACUGUUGAACGUCUCAGGGAAGGUCAGGGGGUUCUGGAGCGAGUGCUACGAAGCAUCAAGAUGGAGCGUAAUUACAAGAGGGGUGACGGCUCUACAGAGAAGGAGUCUGAUGCAGAUCGAUACGACAUGCCGGCGGCGUCCAUGGCCUCUCCCAUGAAGAGUCCUCAUAGAUACAGUCCCUCUGUGUACCAGUCAUCAGAAAGCCACCGUCAGACCGACAGCCCGUCAUUCCUCCAGCAAACCUCCAACUCUCCAUUCCGGGGUUCCUGCAGUCCCUCAUCGGGCCAGAGCUUCCAUCCGCGCCUCUCCUCGUCUCACCCAGGAAUGUCCCAGGACCACCACCCUCCUCCCUCCUACCCCAGUCACCCCACAACCUCCUCCUCAGACUCCAGGCCACCAGGGGGCUCCCUUCACCAGCACAGCGGCAGCAGCAGUAACGUGGACGGGAGCCACGGCUACAGCAACAGUCACUUAAAAGCAAGCCUUUUGAACAGCGGCGGCCUGGUGGGGUCUCCCAGCCCGGGACCUAGGGCUCAUGGGCAGACUAAACUAGACUCAGGCGCCCAGGCCUCCAGAGGGAGUCAGCCGCAGGCGUCACGUAGCCUGAAGUCCGGCAGCCCUGGACAGACAACGCUGCAGGCCGGCUCCAGGCUGCUGUCGGCCUCUGGACAGACACACUAUCCACAGAGAGGGACGAGCCUCAGCCAGUUCCAGCACUCCCCCCUCCAGGGACCCGGAGUAAGGACACAGUCAGGAAGCUUUUAGGACCUUUGUCGAGUGUGCGUAUGUAUGAGUGUUGGUGUGUGUGUGUGCGCGAGUGUGUGUGACGCUGUGUACCUCCUCGACCCCGUGAAGCUGCGUUGAAAUGGGGCUCAGGGAGUUUGGGGAGGGGAAAAUGUACAGACCUAAGAGAAGCAAGGACUUCUUCACGGAUUUCUCCUUUUCUUAUUUUCUGUCUCUUCCUUCUUUAUUUUCAGAAAAACUUUUAAAAAAAAGAAAAAAAUGACCACGUUCUGCUCAAAACUGAUCGUUGACUCUGGACGUCAUUACAGAAUCAGUGGAAAAAAAGUGAUUUGGACUCUGAAAAAAAACCAAGAAAUCACAUGUAACUUGAAAUUUUCCCCCCCAGUGUUUCCUCAUGUGCCGGACUGUGCAAACAGGCUCUAUUAUGUCUGGAAAGUACAAACUUCCACACAAAUGUCUGUACAAAGUUAUAAAAAGUCGUACCUGUUGUCAUGGUACCCAGGUUGGAUAAAUGCUGAGAUGUAACUGAAAGCAAGAGUUGUUUUAUUUUUGUUUUGUCAGCGUUCCAUAUUUUUUUUUUUUUUCUGAUUUGGCACGUUGCUGAGUCUGUGCUGCAGUAAACAAGUGUUUGAUUUUGGAAAGGGGGAGGGGAGGGGAGGGGGGGGGGAAUGAUGCAAGCAAAAGCGACACGUUAAUCAUCCGUUUUAAAGAUGCAUUAGAGAGGCGGGGGGGAGGAGGAGGAGGAGGAGGAGGAGGGGGUUUCUCCACCCCGAUAGGAUCAUUCCAUAUGAUUACCAGCUUCUGUGUCCUCACAGCGGACGCAGAAAAAACAGCCCCGUGUUUGGUUUUCUCGAGGUUCUCCGUCUGUUCAGAUAUUCUGUUGAUUUGGGGUUCUCUUCUGUUCUCUCAUCCCCACUGGACUUGUUUUUGUUUUUCACAUUAGGACUACUUCACUGUAGACUUCUGAUAUUGUACUUGAGACAUACAGGUCUUAUGAUUCAUGGUGCUGCAUUCUUGUUUUUUUUUUUUUUUUCCAAUAAAUUUGAAAUCCAGUUAUGUUCCCCACAUA